GACUUGAUCGACAGCGUUCGAACGCCUCAUACUAAAUUUGAUAGGUAAUCGCCAUCCUUUUGAGAAGAAAAUAACUGUUGCAUUGAUUUGAUGCGAGUGAUUUCAACCAAUUCCCAUCUUGUGUGGUCGGUGAAGUUCCGAAGAUGAACAUGCAGGCACAUAUUCGGGAAGAAGAGUUUUGUCGACCAACCGAAUGAAAUUGCUGGCAGUUUGGUAGGGCUUCUCGAGCUUUCAAACCUUUGGCAAUAACGUUAGAAUGAAGAUGGAAGAACCUUGACCAUCUUCGCAACCACUUGUGACCGAAGAAAACGGUUGGGUCUUGAUUUAUUCGGUGAUACGAGAAGUGAAAAACCGCAUCGGAGUUCAGUAUGAGUGCGAUGAACACGCCCAGCAAGACGGGCAAGGAAUCGGAAUCACCCGCUAAAGACGCCGGGGAAUAUCUCUCGGCCUUGGCCGGUGGCAAAAGCCCCAUCUCCUUGCCUUCCAUACCGGCAUGGAUGCUGAACACACCUAUGUACAGUAAACUCCCUAUGAUACCUGCUCCAAAGGGCAAAAUUACCCUGUACACAACUGGACUUGGAGAGAAGUUGUACCCCACCCCGAAUGACCUUGACUUUGACCCCAGCGCGGAGGGGCUUAGCAGUGAGUACAAGACUCUACACGAUCCUCAUCUCAAGAGCCAUUACACACAGCCGGCCACCUUACAAGGACUGAUCAGGAGAAAAUUCGUUACUCCCGAAGGAAAAGUAAUUUGCACCCUGAAAGAAUUCAAUGACUACCAUCAGUACCUGAAACGCGUGCACAUCGAGAAAUGUGCACAGGACCGAAAAUCCAUUGCAAUGAAAGAGCGCAAGGAACGUGAGCGCCAGCGCCAAGAAUGGACCAUGAAGGAAGGACUAAGUCCUCACGACAAGCAAGUCUUGGAGACACAGACACGCAAGAGAAAGACGCUCAAGGAACAUCAUCGACAUUUGUUACAGCGUCUUGAAGAGGACACGGUGAAACAUCUCCGUGUGUUGGAGGAGAAGCAGACCAAGCGAAGCAUCGAGAGGGCGCGACGAAACUUGGAACGGGAGAAGAAACGAAACAAGAGGCUCAGAUGGGAACUGGAGGAACACAUCAAGAAGGGGACGAAGCGGAUGAAUCUUGCGGAGGAUGAGAUCCGACAUGCUGAACUAUUGAAAUGCUACAACGUGAGCGUCACACAGAGACGCGAACUCAAGUUGGAGGACCAGUGGAAUCGCCAUCAGAAGAUACGGGAAAAGCAUCGUCUGGAAGCAGCAAGGAGACGAAAGGAACAGCACACUCGCUUUGCGCAGAACAUCGAUUCCAGAGAACAGACUGCGUCUGACAAGUGGUCGAAACAACUUUCAACAUUCGACAAUAUGCGAGAAGCGAGAGCCUUGAAGAUGCAACGACAGGAAGCCAAGAUCGAGGCUCGUCUGGAGAAGAAACUCAAAUCUGUACGCAAACUGUUUGAACAACGGCGAAGGAAACCUAUCGGUGGUCGACGCCGCAGGCCCCCGCGCCAUGGACUGGGUGGACCUCGCCACUACAGUACCUGGCCGGUCGAGCAUGCGUUGGAUCGCAUCGAGCUCUCGCCAGCUGAUGGCGUGUGGAAGAUCAUCACUGACAGAUACCUGCCGACGGCUGCGCCGACAACUUCCCCCGCUCCAUCCCCAACUGGGUUCCUGGAACCGACCAUUACCAUUGAGACAGAGGAAAAACUUCCAAUCAGCAAAGACAUCUUAGCAGAAAUAGCAGAGGAAGAGUCAGUCCCAGACGUCCAGGAAGAUAGAGGGUAUUCAAUAUCUUCUAUUGAGAUGGCUGUUCUGUUCGGGGAUCAUUACGACUCAUUUAUCGCCUCUGCGCGAGAUCUUGUUGGAAAUGUUCUGCAUGCACUUGAGGCCGAGAGACGAUCCGAAGAGCACGUCCCCGAAGCUGUCGAGUCUGUGGUGACGGAACCAAAAGAGACGAAGCUACCUGAGGUCAUGCGGCGUAAGAGUGUGCUACAGUUGACAAACAGCACGGUAGCCCGCCUUGUCCUAUCCAACGUGCUCAGCAGAGCGAAAGAGCAGAUCACAACCGAAGGUGGAUUGCCGCAUCUGCCAAUUGCGACACCAACGAGAAAGGUAGCAUCUGAUACCAUUGCAACGAAGAAGCCUAGUGUCGGCAAGCAGGCCAGCUUACGUGAAAUCCACCCGCCAAGUCCCAUCGCUAAGAGCGGUGUCAUGUCCGAUGGAUCGAUCCAACCGAAGGAGACGCCUUCCCCUAAGCAUACGAGCAGUAGCCUUCUUGCAGCUGCCUUGGUGUCGGAUGCAUUGCGGAAGGUCACACGAGAGCUGGAGGAGGAGUCUCAGCGAUCAGACACGAGUGUCUUCGUGGAAGAUAUGGUAUGGGACACUAUAAGAAACGUAACCGGCCAACUUCAGAAGGAACUGUCUGAAAAUGUCUCUCGUGAGCUGGAGCAAGAAUCACAGCGUUCAGACACGAGUAUCCUUGCGGAAGACGUGGUUCAGAAUGCUUUAAGGAAUGUGACCAGCCAACUGCAGAAGGAGCUGACCGAAUCAGGCACCAGCUUUAUUGCGCAAAGGGUAGUCUCAGAUGCUAUUAGGAAUGCGGCUAGACAGCUGCGAGAGAUGCGACUGACGCAAUCUAGUUCAAGUGUUCUGGCCGAGGAGUUGGCAUCAACUGCUAUUCGGGAUGCCACCAGACAGCUACAGGUGCUUCUCCCGCAGACCAGUUCUAGCAUCAUAGCAGAAGCUAUCGCUGCUGACGCCAUAAAGAGCGUGAUGAGACAGUUCGGAGCACAGCCACCACAAACCAGCAGCAGCAUUCUAGCGCAAGCUUUCGCUGCAGAUGCUUUGAAAAAUGCUACCAGACGACUUGAAGGUGAACAGAUUGUGCGCGCCCUUCACCAACCUGUUCAUGCCAGUAGUAGUUUGUUAGCUCAAGCCAUCACCAACGACACUAUCAAGAAAGUUACCAGGCAGCUCCAACUGGAGCGCGAGGCUCUGAUUCCACACACGAGCAGCAGUCUCCUAGCCCAAGCAGUCACUAAUGAUGCACUUGCAAAUGCAGCUCGGCAGCUAGAACACGAGCCCAGGGUACCUCCACCUCAUUCAGACAGUAGCUUACUGGCACAAGUCGUCACCAGGGAAGUCCUUCUAAAUGGUACAGUUCGGCUCCAAGUUGAAAAGUUGCUGCAGACACCUCAAACAGACAGUAGCACUGUAGCUCAGCAAAUCACAAUCGAUGCCUUACAGAAUGCAGCGGCGCAGCUCCCAGAAAACGGAGCACAGCUUUCCAGGACAAGUAGUAGUAGAUUAGCCCAGAUUACUGCAGAUGCAGCUCUGCAGGCGGCUAAGGAGCAACUGAGGACAGAUCGUGCCAGCAGCAGAUGCCGUUCUCGUGGCUCCCGCUCAUCAAGUCCCUUCUCACCAGACCUUGCUAAAAGUGCCGUCAACCAAACAUCCCCAGAGCCUACUAAAAAGGGAACCAAAACGAGGGCCGUAGCUUCUGAUAUCAUCAAAAGAGCAGCUGUUGAUAUGGAGUCCCAAUCACCAACAAACGAUCUCAAAACACCUUCACCAUUACCCGGCCAAGUUGCUGCAGACUCACCAGACCUAGAACUUGACGUCGAUGAUACUCCUGAUCAGGAAUUCGAUGGUCUUUCUUGUCAAGCACAAACUAUAGUCAUGCACCUUGUCGACGGGGCCAUUGCCUCUUACCAACCAAAAGAUGAGGAGGAUAUCGAGGAGGAGAAUGAGUUGGAGAAGAGUAUUGAUGUACACAGAAGCAGCCUCCUCCUGGCGACUGUAAAUGACGUGUUCCGAGAAAGUGAGACGGAUGUGUCUCACCACCACCACAGCCAUUCUGCUGCCAGUGAAAGUGAGGGCAGCGAUUCCGAGGAAGAGGUAGACGAAGAAGACGAAAUAAUAGGCGUCAUAGAGAAUGAGAUCAUCGCUGAAGAGGAGAGCGUCCAUUCUCUCGCCGAAUGCCUCGACGGGUCUAAGGUAGAAGGGCUGACGUCCGUCGUAAAGAAAAGCCACGAUAAGACUGUCUUCGAAGGGGCCAUCAUCCCGCAUGAUAAGGCACAUGAGUCUGUCACAGAGAAGGUCUUGUCGGUCGAGGAGCUACACAAGGACGAAUCGGGGCAUCUUGUCCAUGAUGCCAGCAGCAAGUCUAUCCACAAGGUUGCAGAAGGUGGAGAGUCUUCUCAGGAGCAGAUCCACCAGUCGAGGCAUCACUACAGUAGCAUUGUACCCAUCUAUCACACUCACCCUCUCAAUCUGGACAAGGAGAUCAUCGCCCACAAUCUGUCCGCCAUCUCUAUGAAGCCCGACAACAAGCACAAGGUGCCAUCGGCCUUUUCGGCCAGCAGUCGAAACUCUUUCCGCAACAUGUUCCGCCCGGACAUGACGCACUGUCAGGGCUCAGCCAAGUGUUUGAAGGACACGCUGGUAAAGGAGCUUUCACAUUCUCAACACGGACAGCACGAUCAGAUUUAUGGGGUUCUUGAACAACCUCAUGAAGACAUCACAGCCCAUCACUCAGACGAGGAGUUAGUUGGACAAGAGGAAGUCGGGGGAGUUUGCUAUUUGCCGCAAAGAAGAAGAUAUAGGACCCACGAGGUAAUGGAGGAUGUCGUUGCAGAGGAACAGGAUGAAGUUGUGGAAGAGGGCGGACGCGUCUCACCAGAAGCCUCACAAGAAACCAAGGACACUCCCGCAGGUGGAGAUUUUAAGUCACCCACCGAAGAGGAAGUCGAACCUAUAUUGCCCAUGUCUCGUGCCAGCACAAGGUCCAUUCGAAGUGGAAAAUCAAGGGAAAUCAAAAGUUUCCAAAGUAAAACAGAGUCACAGGAAGAGAGUGCGUCACCAUCUACAAACAAAAGUCCAACUAAGGAUGCUGCGAAAUCCAAAAGCACGACUGAGACGAAGACCAGCAGCCAGGUACCUGCAUCCCGUAGUGUGAUUGGAGCUGUAAUUGAGCGUAUCAGUAGCAUCUUCGGUCGGAAGCACUCAACCAAAAUUCAUCCUUGGUCAACGGAUGAUCACACUGCAGAAGUCACAAGCAGCCAAACACAGUCUAGAGAUCAGAGUUCAAUCAAACCUGACACCGGAGGUAAAACUGUUGACCAAGCAUACCCCUUUGAGAAAUCCGACACAAAGAGGGAACUCUCGGAUGCCGAAGUGGCAGAUGUACAAAGCACUCCUGCUUCAGCAAAAGUUGCUGAUGAAGAUCCAGACCAAAACCACGAAAUUCAAAGCACUAAGAAAGAAAACACAGAUGUUUAUACAGAGAAAAGUGUGGAGACGUCUGAAGUUGACGCCAUUCAUAUACCUGAAAAGACAGAAUCCGAACCAUCAGGAGAGAGGAUAGAACCGAUAGGUCCCAACAAGCAAGCAAAACAAAGAGAGGCAGUACGCCAGCCGACUACAGAUAUGAACAAAAUUGCAGAGGCCGGCACUGGAAAAGAAGCGGAAAAGGAGACAACGAAAGCUGAUAAAACAAUCAUCAAAUCCAUUGAACUCCCACCUGAAACACAAGUUCGGUCACCGGCACCUUGCACGGGUCCAGAAAUUGUGCAACCCGGUGGUGACAAAGUAGAAGAUGCUGGUGAAAAGUCAUCCCCAGUUCAAAGGAAAUCCAGUGAAAGAGGCGAGAAAAAGAAAAGAGACAGCAAGAAAUCUCAUAAAUCAGGCAGUGAGUCGAGUCUGAAAGAGGGACAAGGUAGAAAGAGUAAAACCCCCAAACCAUCCCUUUCUGGACCACUAACGAGGCCAGUCAAGUCAUCGUCGGCAGCCUUCGGUCGUCGAUCUCAACAAAGGUCGCUUACAUCAGCUUCUCCUAAACCCCGGGCGUGUGCGUCCUCGCCACAAUCAACCAAAGCCCACCUUGGCCAUGCAAAGAUAUCUACACAAAGUUCUCAGCAGCAGAUGAUAGGAUCAGAGAAAGCACCGUCUCUAGCAAAACCUUCCAGUGGUUCUUCCAUGCCCUGUGUCGUUAAACAACGGUCGCAGGUCACCAAACCGCCGUCGACCGGAUCGAUCCGUCUGAUUAAGGUUAGCCCAGCACCGUCAAUGUCUAGUGCAAGGCGACGGUCAGGGAAGCUCUCCUCCACGAGUGUGGGGAAGCUGAUGUCAGAUAAGGCGUCAGGCGGGUCAGUGCGCCUUAUCAAGGUAUCGCCAGCUGCCUCCACUGUCAUCGGCCCUCGCAGAUCCUCAAGACAGUCAACUUCAGGAGCUGUGGUCAAGGCCUCUGCCUCAUCCAGCUCGAAUUCCUCUCCAAUCGGAGUCCAAAAACUGUCAAGAGAUAAGCCUAAAUCUGUUUCGCGAAAAGCAUCAAGGGGAUCAGUCCAAAGUCCGAGUAAGGCAAGAGUGCUCAGUAUCAAAUCCCCGCAGGCCUCAAGACCCGAUGAAGCGAAACAAGCCGGCCUAGUUGGAAGUAGGCCAUCGUCAACAGGUUCUUUUGUCAUAAUCAAAACCCCACAAGAGACUCCAUCUACUAAGGACAACACGAUUGCAUCUUGUGAACCAGAUGCUGUUACAGAGGCUCCCUCACAACAUCAAGAAUCAACCGAACAGGAACAAGCCAAAACAGACUCGGUACAAGAGCCACUGCCGCAGAGUGAGGUGGUCAAUAAAGAAGGGGAACGUCAGGAAAAAGCAGUAGAUGCAGCUACUGAAGAAUCCCCCAUAGGCAAUGAAGAACCAGAUAUGCCAGUACAAGAAAGUCAAACAGGUCAACCGCAACAACUGGAGGAACCCUUGGUCUCUGAAAGGGAGAGUGACGAGCCGAAGACCCCGGUAUCGUCACCAGCGGGCAAUCAGCUUGCCGAACGCUCCUGUGAUUCAUCGGGGAGCCAGUCGGCCAAAGCGAGCCGUCGCUCCAAGAGCAUCAUCUCCGCAGUUAUCGAGAGGCUCAGCAGGAUGUUCUCCGGAGAGUAUCGUGUGAUUGAGUCCAGCAUCGAAGAGAGACACCGCAGUGAUACCCAGAUGGGAGCCAGAAGCCGAGCCGGCAUGCAAGGAGGAGACGAGGGUAAGGUACGACACAGCCAAUCCACGGAUGCUGUGCUUCACACACAGUCUACGCCUGAUGGGAAAAAGAAUGGCAUCCAGACUCACUCGCGACAGCGAAAGUCAUCAAAAAGCGUAGUGGUAAGGGACAUUAAAAUGUGUAAGCCUAGUUUCUUUAUUUUCUAG